AUGAAGACCCCAGAUAAAGAUAAUGGCGAUAAUUCAGAACAAACAAUUAUUUAUUUAAAUGAAUUGUGCCGACUGUGCUUGGCUAGAAAGAAAACAAUGGUGCCGAUUUACGAUGGACAUAAAGAAGAUGUUCCUAUUCCUGUUAAAUUAAUGGCUUGCGUUAAUUUAGAGGUUUAUAAAGGUGAUGGAUUACCAACCAAACUGUGUCAGACAUGUAAAGACAACUUGGACCAAUCCUAUCAAUUCAGAAAGAAAUGUCAUGACGCCCACAAAAAAUUGAACAAUCACAAGCAAAUAAUCGCAGAUUUGAACGCAGAAAGUGAAGAUAACAACGAAGAGUCUCUUGAGACUCCAGAGAUUGAAAAAUCACUGCCAGUUAAACAACAACUCUCUCAAGAAGAUCAGCAGAUAGUAUCAUCACUUCCCAGCGGAUCAGCAACAGCAAAAAAACAAAAUUCAGAAGAAAUUUAUAAUAUUAAAUUAGUAAGGAUGAAACGCGAAGAAGAAAGCAUGAUUAGAGAGUCUUCUGAUCUAACAGACAUAAUAAGUGACUAUAAUUCAGCAGAUGGGAGUACUUGGGAUGGGAAUAACUAUGUUUACACUAUGGAGGAGUCUGAAGAGGGUGGUUCAGAAGCACCUGGGAGAUUAGAGCCGCUUGAGGAAAACACUACAAGUGAGAAUGGAGAAUUGAAGGUCUUCAAGUGCGACCAGUGCCCUAAAGCAUUUACUAGACGAAUAAUGCUCAAGAGCCAUCAAACUGUUCACUCUACUCAGAGAGGAUUCACCUGCCAAGCUUGCGAAAAAUGGUUCCCUACUCGGUCCGCGCUGAUCAGACACGAGCGCACGCAUACUGGUAAAUUAUUUAUUUUUUAA